ACUUUUAGUUAUAGUUUUUUCGACUAUAGUCUGACUAUAGUAUUAAACAAUUGAGGAGAAUAUAUUUUACAAAUUUUAAGGCAUUAUUAUCACAUUUUUGAAAUUCUGUUAUAGCCUUGUUCAUUCAUAGAUUUGUCGUACAAAAUAUCUUUAAGAAGAGAAGAAUAACCGUCCUGUAUAUAUAGUAAUGUAAACAAAUGUGAAAUCGAUUGACAAUUGACAAUGGUCAGGGUGUGUCAAAUGAAAAAGUAAAAUGUUUAAAACAAAGAAAAGACUGAGAAACUAUUAAGUUUUAAUAUAUGAAAAAUCCACAUUAAACAGAAAAAAGUGAUUCAAUAGUGUCUUGAAACAUUUAAAAAAAUUAAGCAAUUGUAUUGGCCCAAAGAUUAUCUGUGACAAUUAUUAAAACAGCUGAUUAUUUAAAUUGUCAUAAAGCUGCCUUACCUACAGUCAUAUUUAUUAUUUUGAUUUUAUGCUUAUGGCUUGUUUGAAUUCGGUAUAUGUUAAAUCUAUUUUCAGUAUUGUCUCAUACAGUAUUGUUUUAAGAAUGUUGUUAACAAAUAUAUACAUUUUGUAGGUCAAAAGGGGUCAAAAGUCGGAAAGUGUUGUAAAUUUCUCAAAUGACAGUCAAAAAGUCUAGUUUGUCAAAGUUUUUUUAAAAUUAUGGCAGGAAUUAGUUGUGCAGGUUUUACCUUUUAUAAUGAAUUUGAUUCUGCUAAUCUGGCAAAGGUAGAACAAGUUUUCAGCCAAUCUAAUGAAAUCGUAGUGAAACAUCUAAAAAAUCCUUUAUUACAAGAAAUUAUUGAUGCUGAAUUCAAUAUUUGGACAAAACCUGAUUGCUGUGGUACUGAAUUUGAAAAUGGAAAUAGGACUUGGUUUUACUUUGGAGUUAAAGCCCCAGCUCCAGCGUUAUUAGUAAAAUUUAAUAUUGUCGAUUUAAAUCGACAAGGAAAAAUGUAUAGUCAGGGCAUGGCCCCAGUAUAUCGAAUAAUACCAGGAAAACCAAGAUGGGACAGAAUUUCUGAUAAACCCACUCAUAGUCUGAACGAUGACAUAUUUACCCUCAGUUUUAAAUUUCGCACUCCAGAAAAUUUGGAUAGUAUAGUUUAUUUCGCUUUUACAUAUCCAUUUUCUGUAACCGAGUUGGAAAAAAUGUUGACCAAUGUCGACACGAAGUAUUUAAACAUGAAACGUAUUUCUGAUGAUGAUAUUUACUACGUUAGAGAAACAGUGUGCCAUUCCUGUGACGGCAAACCAAUAGACUUAAUAACAAUAUCUUCUUAUCACGGGAUAUCGAAAGAGAGAGAAGAGAAACUGAAAAAUCUGUUUAACAGAAGUAAUGUACCUAGACCUUUCAAAUUUUCAGGUAAAAAAGUUAUAUUUGUUUCUGCAAGAGUCCAUCCUGGAGAAACUCCAUCAAGUUUUGUUUUCAAUGGUCUUUUAAGUCUUUUAUUGAGUAAAGACGAUUUAGUAGGUCAAUAUUUACGUAAAAUGUACGUAUUUAAACUGAUACCGUUUCUAAAUCCUGACGGAGUAUCAAGAGGCCAUUACAGAACUGACAGCCGGGGUGUAAAUUUGAAUAGAGUGUAUCUUAAUCCUAGUUUAAAGGAUCAUCCUUCCGUGUAUGCAGCUAGAGCGUUGAUAAGAUUCUAUCAUUUUGGAUAUGAAAAGGAAGAUCACAUACCCAAAUGUGAAAAUUGUAAAGCCGGUUUACCAGGAAAUCAAAAAGAUGGCUAUCUAUCAGAAGAAGAAGUCAAAGACGAUGCCAUAAGAAAAAAAGUAUCUCGAAUAUCUUUGAACGAAGAUAGACCUUCUCAAAAUUGGUGUACAAAAUGGCAUAAUUUCUGCAGGAAUUGUGGAGCAAAAUUGGAACAUACACAAAGUAAAGAAGAAGUGCAAUUCGAAAAAGUGGUCGUAGGGGCUCACGGUGAUAUAAAUUCUAAUGAAUCUGGACUUUUUUUGUACAUAGAUUUACACGGACAUGCUUCUAAAAAGGGUAUAUUUAUGUAUGGGAAUCACUUUGAUGAUGUAGAAAGAAAUGUAGAAUGUAUGUUAUUACCUAAACUCAUGAGUAUUAAUAACCACAACUUCCAUUUUCACGCUUGUAAUUUUACGGAAAGAAAUAUGUACUUGAAAGAUAAAAGGGAUGGAAUGAGUCGAGCAGGCUCUGGCAGAGUAGCUGUUUUGUCUCUUACCGGCAUAAUUAAAAGUUAUACUCUCGAAUGCAAUUAUAAUACUGGCCGAUUGGUGAAUAUUUUGCCACCAACUAUUAGAGAACCUCAUGGUAAAAUGCAUACUGUUCCUGUACCUCCUAAAUAUACCCCUCAAAUAUUUGAAGAGGUAGGAAGAUCGUUGGGAGCCUCAAUAUUAGAUUUAACUGGUAACAAUCCUUUUACGAGAUUGGCAAAUUCCGAAUUCCAUACAUUAAAUGGUCUCAGAGAUUGGUUACGAAAUAUGGCUAGAGAACUGACCGAAUCUCGACCGAGAAAAGGGAAACUUGGCAAUAAUCUCAUUCAGGGUAAAGUGGUUCGUCCGAUGCUCAAGAAUCGUUCUGUACUCCCCAAAUCACUUCCGAAAAAAGUAAAAACGAGAAGUGCACCUAUUCCAUUAGACAGAAAAGAAAAUUUAGCUCAAUCCACCUCAUCAAAGACAUCAAUGAAAAUCAGCAAAUCACCGUUUAAAGCGAAGACUAGAAAGGAAUUGACUCUUAAAUCGAAGAAUUCCGCAGAAAAAUUGAAACCUGUUGCGAAAGUUAUUAAGAAACCUGUAAGUGUAGGUACCAGUAAUCAAUCCAAUUUAAAAAUAGAGAGCGUCCCUCAAGCGGCAGGUACAACGCAAUCAGAUAAAUCUAAAGAUGAAGGGGUCCAUCUGAGAGAGAUUUGUUUUAUCAAUAAUAGCGAAGGUAAGGCGGUUAUAGCGAAAUACGAAAACACCGAUAAAUACGAUGAUAGUUUAGUUGUGGCCUGGGGAAAAAAUUCCGCUCACCCACAAUUAUUUACGCGCAAAACUAGAGUUUUUUCAGCUCCCCCUUAUCAUCUUCCGAAUAAAUCUUACUCGGAACCGAGUACAAGUAAACAGGGAGGGGCAUUUCGUGUGCACAAUUUCGCAAAAACCAAAGCCAGAAAAAAUUUGAGACGAUUAGCAAGUGCCGCCGACAUUUUGGGAAAAGCUGAUAAAAAAAAGAAGAAAAAAUUGAAGGCCAAAUAAAUACCUCAUCGAUUUAAAUAUAUCUGACUAUCUUCAAACAAAUUUUUUCUGUACUGUAAAACAAUAAAUUAAUGUCGCCAUUU